UAUACACGACAUCUUUUAGAUCUUAUAGCUAAGAAUUGGACAUUUCAAUGGUAGGCUUGGUUGUCUUGUUCUCAACCCGUUCGUACGAGUAAGUUAUCACGCGAAAAGAGUUAAAUGAGCCUUCACGACAGCUUAUUCGCUGAGGAUGCGGAGGACGAUGUGAAGCACUUUUUGGAAAGCAGCGAACAGCGCAAGAGGGUACUGAUUUUUCCACCAGUCAACAAUUAUCGGCGCUUUCUUAUUCAUCAACUGGUACAGGAUCGCUUUGGUGAUUUGCUACAAACGUUUUCGAUUGGCCAAGGUAUUGACCGCAGGACCGUCGUUUGCUACAAGUCUGAUUUUAUUGGGACACCACCACAACUCGAUGGUAUUACAUUGCAAAGAGGAAACAAUAUCGUCCGCAAAAUCUAUUGCACUAUGGGAAUUGAAAGCCAGUGUUCGCCCAUGGCGUCACCAGAGCACAACAUUCAGCGACCAAAACAAGUGAAGACAUCUCCUUCGGUGGAAAUAUACGUGCCACCAGCUUUAAGACGAACUAAAGUGGAAAAAUCACCAGCUCGACCAACAUCGGUCGAACUUACACCAACUACGGAAACUUCCGUAAAAUCAAAUCGACAAAAGCGACCUGAUCGCGCGGUGUACGUUCCUCGACAUCGCCGUAGUAUAGCUGAAACAGACAGCAGCAAUGUUUCCGCUACCGAGACUCACUCGAAGUCGUCGUCGAAAGAACAGCCCCGCGUUUCAAAGCGUCCGAUCGAGCGGGUGCCACCCGUACAAAGGACGUACGAAGAAAUUCAAGUUUCUACUGCAGAAAAAAUGAAGCCUGCAGCAGAGCCGAUUGAAAUUUGCCGGUAUUCUACGGUCGAACAAGAGACGGUGGCACCAGUUGAAGCUAUUAACGUUACAGUUGAUGAGACAGCGAUUUUGGAAUCAUUAAUGGACGAGAUGGAGUCCGAGCUAGCCUCGACAAUCAGUACAUCUUUGCUGGAAACCAGGAAUGAGCAAAUAAUCGUGAACAAUGAUGCAAAAACUGAGAUCGAGGUAGAACAUAUGAAUGUGAGAACUAAGGAGGCUGAUGUUGUCGAGGCAGUGGCUUUAACAGACAGUGAAAAAAAGGUCGUUAACCACGUGAUUAAAAAGAAACUUCCUCACCAUUAUGCAACCGACACGCGAAAUCUGAGAAAAUCGGCAGAUUCGGAUGCUCAGUCGCAUGUUAGUGCCGGAACUCGAUCUGGUCCAUUAUCCAUAAAAUCGGAUAGUAGUGAAAUAAAAAGUGAAACUGUGAAACAUGUGCAGAAUUUGGUAGCACCUAAAAUUGAAUCUUGUGAUGAUAGUUCCAAUGACAAAGUUGUCAAAAAAUCAUUGGUCUCAAAAGUGUUGAUUAUUUCGACGGCUGAUGAUUUAGAAGAUAAUCCGCAAGAGUCUAAUAAGAAUGAGCAAGAAAUCGCAUCACCCAUGACUCCACCUGAAAAGAAGGUCAAAAAGAUUGAACGGCCAAAAAGUAAGCCAGUACCUCCACCUGCACCACCCGUAAAAAUUGAUCGUGACGAGUGUGACUGGGACAGUUUGUUUGACGAUAAUGGCGACUGCCUUGACCCUAUGCUGAUAGAAGAGUUAACAUCGUCAGUUGGAGAAGUGGUAAUCGAGAAGCCGCAAAGUAUCAGUUGGAAAUCGCUCCCCCGACCCGCGGAAGUAUCGAGCGACGAGUUUGCUCAUGUGCUAGAGAUUUACAAUUUCCCUUCAGACUAUAAAACAAGCGAUUUAACAAUGGUAUUCAGUCCCUUUAGAGAUGAUGGUUUCGAGCUUAAAUGGGUCGACGAUACUCACUGUCUUGCCGUGUUUAGCAGUCCUCUUGUCGCUGCUGAAGUAUUAGCAUCGAACCAUCCAUUUGUAAAAACGAGACCUCUAAGCCAAGCCACUGCUCUCAGUAAAACGAAAGCUCGUAGAAGCUUUGAGUACCUUCAGCCUUACAGAACGCGACCGGAAACCUGCGCUGCUCUAGCGCGACGUCUAGUCACAAAAUCACUAGGAGUCACACUUGCGACGGCGAAACAAGAACGCGAGCACGAGAAAAUCAUUCUGCGCGAAGCCAAAGAAAAAAGGAGGCUUGCAAUAAAACAAAGUGAAGAGAUCUGGGAAGGCAUUAUCACGCCCAAGUCAACGACGUAGAUAUUUUUCGAAAAUAUCAUUACUAUCAUGCUGAAGUGCGUUGUUAUGUAUGAGCGUAUGUGCCUUGUAAUGAAAGACUCAGAAGUAUGGAAGCAAGUAUUUCGUAAUAUACUUGUAUAAAUUAGACUGUUUUCGUAAACAUUGUUAACAUGUAUUAAUUGUAAAUUUGUUUUAAGUGAUCCUGAACUGAAAAGGCUGUAUACAUGCAUAUGAAAGUUGAUAAAAUGUGUUUUUACAA